AUGUUCAAGUUCUGGGGUUCUCAAGAACAACAAGCUGAUGCUGAUCCAAGGCCACAGGAAGUUUCUACAAACUCAUGGUAUUCUCCCUCAUCAAGUUCUUCUUCUCGGCCCUCAACACCUAAUUCCAUCAAUACCCUGCAAAGGCCUGGAGAUCAACCUCAACCUCAACCUCACUUAUUAUCUCCUGUUUCUCCAACAGAGGCUGCUGCCAUAAUUGUUUAUCUACAAGACAAAAGUGCUGAUGAGUUGAGGAAACUUUUGUCAGACAAAGAGGCCUAUCAACAAUUCUUGCUUUCACUUGACCUUGUCAAAACUCCAAAUAAUUUAAGAGAUGAACUCAGGAAUGAAACUCUGCAGCUUGCUAGAGAAAACUUGGCAAAAGAAUCAAGUAUGACAGAACUGCGCAACCAGUGCAUGAUCAUAAGGACAACUGAGUUGGCAACUGCUGAAGAGAAGCUAAAUGAGCUCAACAGGCAAAAAGCAGAAAUCCUCAGAUCUUACUCCCCAGCCUCUUUGUUACACCAGCUUCAAGAGCUGAUAAAUAAGACAGAUGAAGAAUCUGAAAUGCUGCAUAAACAGCUACUUGAAAAGGAGAUGGAUGUUGCAAGUUUUGUUCACAAAAGAGAAGAAUCAAAUCAGGAGAAGGAUGCAUUUGCACGAAAAGAUUUGGAUGAUAUAGCUGAAAAACUUGUUCAAGAAGAUCCAUAUGAAGGAAACCAGAUGCCUUUUUCAGUUAUCAUCAAGCUUCAUCAUAAUUCACUAACAGGUAAUUAUGACAUAAACAUGCUAAUUACUGUAAUUGAAAGAAAAGGGAAGAAAGUUGUUGGGCAUGAUAGGCGUAAUAGAGCUUCUUCCAUUAAUCUUGAUGAACCUGAAAGUAAAUUAAUGGGAAUUGUGCUAAAUGUUCCUGUGAGAAAGUAUGAUGGUCUUUGUGCACCUUUGGGGAAUCGACCUCAUCUGUUGAUUGGCAACGGGAAUCCAGAGAGGCAAGUAGACGGAAAACGGGAAAUCGAGGAUUCACUCUUCCGGAUACAAUUAUUAAUACUAAAUAAGCGAUGGUCAUGUAUGCCUUCGAUCAAAGCAAGUCUCUCCCUCAAUUAUGUGGUCGGAGGUGGGAGCUAG